GAAGCUUGAGGAUUAGGCCUCUGACAAGUCUUUACUCGGGAGGCGAGUGCCUAGUAUCACGAUGGAAGAUUAUUCACAAUCACCACCAACAAUCUCCUUGGAGGAGUUUAAUGAUGAUGUCUUUCCAAGAGAGAAAAAUCUGCUUUACAACGUGAACGCUGGUCAUGGUGGUGCUUCAGCUAUCCUGCUUCACACCCGGCAACGUCAGUCGAACGCCCAGAGUCAGAUGAGUCUAGUUCAAUCCGGUUUCAACUCGAAUACAUUCAACACCAAGCUGAUUGUGACGUCAAGGUUAGGUAUACCUGCAGCCAGGGACAACGGACGCUUUGCUGCCUCAAUCGCACGUGACCUUCAAACAAAUCACGACGGGAAUUUGAUCAUGAAGAUUAGAUAUGGUAGACACGAUGUAACUUUGUUUUCCAACCAGGCUAUCUUUACCCGUGGAGGGCGCUUUCCACAAAGAGAAUCUUCACCAGAAGGUAACCUUGAUGUAGGCCUCCAUGAGCUUGGUUUUGUCCACCUUACUGAUACCGUUGAGUACACUGUGUCCUUUCUUGUGGGAUGUAGCACGUCUAGAUCUGAUGAAAGCACACCCGUCGCCUGCUGCUAUAUGGUAGAGGUCCAGAGGAAUGGGGAUUGUUGGAAGCUUGAUGCUGUUCCAGCUGGGAAAUGUGGACCGAAUGAGAUGAAAAACAACUGGAAAUUCGACAUUAACCAGGAUGGUUGUGUCAAGAUCGAAGGCCCUCCAGAUAGCCACUUUGUUUUCCUGUGCAACCGAAGUUACGCUGUGGAUACAUCCGACACCUCGCCUUGUGGCAAGGUAUUUUUCACUCAAACCUACAACGGCGAGCACAGCACGACUCUUGUACCCAAGAUCCGAACUCACUAUGGCCGAGCAAUGUUCUUACUCUGCUCCAGGUCUAAUCCUGACACCGACCUUAUCACAUCGGCUUUGUACUUUGUGGCACCAAUGGUGAACAAAGUGGGUGUGUACUACAUCGCAGAAAGCACUGAUGAUCCGUCACUGUCGACCCCAGCCCUUUGGUUGGUGAGUAAGAAGAUAGGGAAGUUGGCGGUGAGGCUGAAACCGGACCUGACAGGCCCUUGCCGGUACGCUUUCUUCUCAAAUGCACCGGAGGACCUUGAAGAUGUCGAAAGUAGGUGCCUUCAGAGCGACUGCAUCGCUACAGGAGUUGACACCCCGCUGCGUGGUCAUCUCUCAAUCAAUGAUGGCUGCCUGAACGUCUGGACCGAUAGAAGAGUUGACAUCAAGAUUGAGUCCGGCAACCAUACUGCCGUGCUCGUACCGGAAUCCGAGUUGGAGGAAGAGUCCGGGCGGUUUACCUUCCAAAAAGACGUUUCAAAUGAGACCAAAGAGGGGAAGGGCGUGUACGUCUUUAGAGCCAGUGUUACUUUGAAAAACAAAGAGAAAAAAGAUGUGACUCUCGAGUUAGAGGGUUCACCCUGUGGGGUCAUGACGCAACUACCUGGUGUCCAGUUCGCAAUCAACUUUGGUGGCCCAGCCUACCAGGAUGUAAACGGCGCAGUCUUCUGUGAUGGGCGAUCUGCUUUACCAUCCAUCUGCUCAGAUCAUGAUCGAUACUACAACGGCUGUCACAUUGACCCGUUGAGGAAUUAUCCCCAAGUAGUUGGAAGCACCAACGAUGGCUCAUUGUAUACUACCUUCAUAGGAAAUCGACCAAGACAAGAUGAUGCCUUGAAUUUCAGAAUCCCGGUGCCCACAGGAAGAUAUGUCCUCACACUGUUCACAAUGUCCUCGGGUUUAGAUGACGUCACUGCUGUGGUGAAUAGAGACGAUUUAUCAACUCAGAUUCAACAGCAAUUGCAUAGUCAGACAGAAACUAUCCCAGAAUGCACUGCGAAGAAAGCAUCACUUCCUGUUACUGUGUCUGAUGGUGCUCUUGACAUCUCCCUGAAAUGUGAUAGAGGCAUUCAACUUUCUGCUCUUCUUGUUCAGAGUGAAGAUACAGACAUUGAAAUUUUGUCUAACGAAUUAUCAUCAGGUCAAAAACAAGAGAUUGGUGAUGAUCUUGCUCCUCUUGACCGUCACAUUGCUGGAUAUGACAUCAGAAACCUUGCUUGGUCUGGUGAUAUCCUUAGGAUGAGGAAGGAAUAUACUUCGGAAUGUGAUUCUACGCAAUGGCAGUCGCAGUUCGGUGGUGACGGUGUGGAGAAAAGACUGGUCUUAACUGGUGAAAAUGGUGUUUUUGAGUAUCACAUGAAUCUCGAGGAUUCCUUCGACGUGCGUUGCCUUGAUAAUGCUCCACCAGUUCAGUUCUCUUUAUCACUGCGAUCUUCCACUACCUCUGGAUCUACAUUCCAAAUAACACUCACUCUAGAAAGAUCUGAUGGCACAGUGGUCCAAACGAAAUGCACGAAUGGUACACUAGAAAGGUCUGAUGCUUGGUCAAGGGUCACACUUACCGUUGAGGAAUACGGUGCAGGAGCAAGGAGCGUAAGGAUAACGACAGAAGUUGCAGGUCGAGGGAUUGAGGUCUCUGCAGCCAGUUUGAGGAUGAAGUGUCGUCGGCCACAUAGGACUGGUCUCAAGAAUACUCUAUGUGAUGUCAAGAUUAUCAAGGACACCAAGAAGCUAGUCACCCUGAUACGGGGCUUGGUUCAGAAGUACGGCCUCCCUACCUGUCCAAUGUCAACAGAUCGACCCGGAAGUGAAAGCUCAAUAUCAACAUCCCCGCAAGCGAGUCCGCUGAAGCUCGAGACAGAUUCGGACGACGGCAAACCAGCAGCUUCAGAACAUCAAGGAGUCGGCAAAGACGGCAUCAAGGGGCAAGGGGAACAAGUCCUAAAGCAUCAAAGAAAGAAGAGAGAGAUCAGGGCCUUUUUGUCCAGUACGUUCCUUGACUUUACAGCCGAGAGGGAGAUUCUGAUCAAGAAAGUGUUCAAUGAGAUAAAAAAGAUGUGUCUUGAUCGUGGUGUGUUCUUCAGUUAUGUUGAUCUCCGUUGGGGCAUCACUAGCGACCAGAGCAAUGACGGAAAGACACUUUCAAUAUGUCUCAGAGAGAUUGACCGAUGUCGUCCUUACUUUCUCUGUCUUGUUGGUGAUCGUUUUGGUUGGAGUCAAAGGGAAGGCGACGUCGAUGAACUCCUCAAUAAAUCCUACGACUACGCCAUCGCAAACUUCAACCAUCUGAAGUGGAUUGAUGAGUACAGAUUCAAUAGCAGUGUUACUCAGCUGGAAGUUCUCCAUUCGGCUCUCAGAGAUAGAGAUACUGCAUCCGAUAAGACGUUCUUCUACCUAAGGAAGGCAAAGACGAAAGAUGAGCUGUUGAAUGAAAGUAGCCACGAACCCGCAUGGAAGAUAGAGAAACAGAAAGAAUUUCGUCAGACUUUAGAGGAAUCUGGUCUAUUAGUACGGCAUUAUGACGUUGCCGAUGAUGGCACAGAGCUUAUUCGGAAGGAUUUAGAAAUGUGUAUCAAUCAAGAUUUCCCACCCGAAUCCAAACUCACUCCUCUUCAACGGGAACGCGAAGCUCACUUGUCCUUCGCCGAAGUCCGCCGAAGAGUGUACAUCGGGCGGGCCGAAUACUUCACGAAAAUUGACGACUACUUUGCUGGAAAUCCGAAGUUACCCUUCGUGGUUCUCGGCGAAUCUGGGAGCGGGAAAUCAGCCCUUGUCGCAAACUGGUGUGGCCGAUUUGAGGAUGAACAUCCUGAUGAUUUCAUGUUCAUGCAUUUCAUUGGUAGCUCUGCAGACAGUGCUUCACAUCUCAGAUUACUAAGAAGACUUUUUGAAGAAUUAAAGCAGCAUUUUAAUAUCGACAUGGGUAUCCCGACAUCUGAUAAAUCCUUGGCCCAGGAUCUUCCAAAGUGGUUAUCACUGGCCGGGAGUUACGGCAGACGAGUGCUUAUAGUUCUCGAUGCUUUGAAUCAACUGGAUUCGGGCGCUGUAGGAGAAGGAGAUGAGCUUGAGCUAAAAUGGCUACCGCUUGAGCUCCCACCAAAUGUGCAAAUGCUUCUUUCUACCUUACCGGGGAAGGCAUUGGAUGCCGUUAAAUCGAACAACUGGCCAGUAUUUCAUGUUCAUCCUUUAAACCAAGAAGAGAAAGGCGAGAUCAUACGAUGUUAUAUGGAACUCUACUCAAAGAACCUCAAUACUGAACAAACAGAUUUGAUAGUCAAUGCUAAACAGACCUCCAAUGCUCUAUACCUAAGGGCUUUAUUGGAUGAGGUGCGUGUUUAUGGUUCUUUCUAUCAACUGACUUCCUCAAUCAAGAAUUAUUUAGAAGCGCAGGAUCCUGGUCAACUGUUUGUCAAAGUUCUUGAACGUCUAGAGUCUGACUUUGAACGGGGAGAACACGGAAGACCUAACCUUGUUCGGGAUGCAACUUGUGCUCUUUGGUGCAGUAGCAGAGGGCUGAGCGAAGAAGAACUGACGUCAUUUCUACAGGUUCCAUCACGUAUUUGGUCGCCUUUCUACCUCUCCCUCGAGGAAAACCUUGUUAACCGUAACGGCAUCGUGAACUUCUUCCACGAUCAUCUGCGCCAGGCUGUUGAGAGGAAGUACGUCUCAAUCCCUGCAGAGAAAAGACGAAGCUUCCUGAAGCUUGCCGAGUUCUUUGAAGAGCAGGACAUAAAUGAGAGAUAUGUGGAAGAGCUACCAUCAUUGUUGAUGGAACUGAGUGAUCUUCCUCGACUCAAGAAGGUUGUCAUGAUCCCCAAGGCAUUCCAGCUUCUCAUGAACACAUCGGAAGGCAAGGUUCGACUCAUCCAAGCCUGGAGAAUGCUUGGAGGUUUUGAGCAAGCAGGACAGGCCUACCUUGAAUUCGUCAACCAUUCUAAAGCUUUCAGCGAAGUCAAAGAGAAGGAAUCCCUGCUAGCCUGUCUCACAGACUUCUUCACAGAACUGGGUAUCCUCAAAAUUGCCAGACAAUUGAAUGAGAGGCUUCUGAGUACACUGGAAGACCUUCAUGCAGGAAAAGACAUCUGUCAUGUGACUCAUCACGUGAGUUAUGAGACCAAGAAAAGAAGUAGACAUCGUGAUGUCAUUGAAAACUUGCUUGAGUUGGGUAUCGUAUGUCAGAAGUUAGCCGACUAUACCGCUGCCACUGCCUACUUCGAGGACGCCCUCAACCGGUUGUCCCACCCUGACACAGUUGAACAUCGCCUCCAGAUGAUCAAAGCUCUUACUGGACUAGGCCAAGCGUAUAGUAUGACAUCACAACCGUUGGAGGCUCACCGAUUCUACCUAAAAGCCAUUGAGAUAUGCGACCAGGUUCUACCAGUCAACCAUCACUACACUGCCACUCUAAAUGGACUGAUUGGAGAGUUAUACCAGAAUCAGGGAAGGGCAACAGAUGCAUUGCAAUACCAUAUCCUUGACAUAAUUGAGACUCAACGCACUGCAGGACUGGGGAAGCCACGAGUAGCGGCCAUCUUAAAUAAUAUUGGGUUGUCUUUGAUGGACCUCGACCCAACUGGAGAGGACGCCCUUCCAUUUUUCGUUGAGGCCUUGUCCAUACUCAUCGAUGCUUAUGGACUAGUGCAUGUCGAUGUUGCUUCCGUCAGAAUGAACAUAGCUGCCUACUUCUUCAAUGCCAAGCUGUACAAGUAUUCUCUCUUUCAAUAUAAGAGAGCAUUCGAGAUUUUCAAGGUUUAUAUGGGAUCUCUCCAUCCGAAGUCUCAGGAAGCCAGGCAAGGACAGAAAGAGUUGAGGCCGUUUACCAUGGUGCAAAAAUAAAGGAUCUUCCAAAUCAUUGCCUAAUGUUAGAAUUUAUGUUACCUCUUUCUUCUAAGCUAUUAAAUCUUACUUUAUAUACACUAUAUACUAACAUAUAUUUUGUUUACUCUGAAGUACAAUGUACAUUAUAUUAUGUGUAAAAUGCGUCAUAAAAGAACAAAGUAUUGUUUGAUUAUUAUCAUUGAAAUUAUACCUUGUAUGGUAAAUGCAAUAGAAUUAUAUCCCAAAGAACAUUGAAAUAAGAGUUUUUCUGUGGUGCUGAGCUAUCAAAGAUAAAGUUGGUGCUUGAAUGCAGAUCUUAAAUAAGCCCACUCCAAAGAUGGAUUGGUUAAAAUAUGCAAUCUUUUGUGUGUCAAACCAAAGAUAGUCAGUCCUGACUGAAAUUCUGGUAUAAUCUAAACCAUGAAUUGAAUGUGGAUUGAUUUAUUCCCUAUUAAAUUGGUUAUCCAUGACCAUUCCUUUUGAAGCGUGACAGGGCAUUCGUUCCGGCGACAGUGGCUCCAGGCCUUUUUCGCAUAAGAUAUACGGUUGGGGUUGCAAUAGGUUUUUUAUGUUAGGGUAAGGAUAGUUUGUACAUGUAGUUUCAAAUCCAGGGUUGAAGUUGGCCAUUCAAUAAGUGUAUGGAAUUAACACCGGAGCAAUUGUCGCCAGAGUAAAUGUCACGGAACCCUUUCUAAGACUGUAUAGUUCGAGAACAUAUGAUAUUCUGUUCAAUACGUUAGUGCCUCUUUCCAGUUAUACGUGUGUGGGAACUGUAUUUUUUUACCAAAGCCCUUACCUAUGUAAGAAUGAUGAUCAUGAUAUUGACAUUUAUAAAGCGCUUUUGACAAUAGUUUAUAAAGCGCUGUUUAUAAAAGUAUACAGAGUGAUACACUUGCAACAUUCUACCUCCAUGCUUGCAAUUAUUCCAUCAAAUAGAAAACACAUAUUCUCUUAUUUCCCACUUUUUAUGGGGGUGUUUGGGGUUUUUCCUACUAAAACUCGAAUCGACCUUUAUCUCAAGCUAUUGUUGAUAAAAGCUGUCGCUAUUUGACGCAUCCAAUUAAAGUAUGGUCUUUGCCAGGCAAAUCUAUUGUGAAGUUCACCCACUUUCACGUAGGCACUCGCUCAGGAAUGGCACAUCAAGAAAGCCCAGCUACAUAUUUUGUUUACAAAGACAAUCAUGACAGUCGAAAAUAAACUGUCGAAAAUGUUGCGUCAAGAGGUAACCAAACUUGUUUUAAAGGUUAUGACGCGUAUUAAAAGAAAUUACCGAAAGGAAUAUGUCAUGUGUUGCAUGAACAAACCCACUACAUCAUGAUAUUGUAAUGAAAUCGUCAUAAAAUCUUUAUGAAUUCAGGAGAUUUAUUUUUACCCAACUUUGGACUAUUGUGUAGACUUGAAGGAUGCAAUAAGCGUUUAUGAGCACAGGUUGUGCAGAAAGUAUCACCAUGUCUGAACAAUAUAUUUGUGAAGACUAUUGGUCGAGCUUUGUUGAUCUGAAAAAGCUUUACUUUGGGGCUUCUAUCAAGGUUGUAAUGCCAAGCGUGGGCCUGUUUCAUAGACAUUGUUAUGUACAAAAUAAUACCCAUUACCAGUUUAAAGCUACUGAAAUCAUUCGAUCUGAUUGGCUGAUUGCAAACUUGUUAUAGAUAUGGUGCAUUUGUUAUUAUAAAAAGUCUUUAUGAAAUGGGACUUUUGUUUUGAAGCUGGUAGUCCGAUAAUAUCAGAAAGUAUUGGUGUAGAAACAUGAUUACAGGAAAGGGGUUUGGCCUUAUACCAACAAUCAAAAUGCAUGAUUAGGUAAUAACAAACGAUUUGAAAAAAUGGCAGUCAAAUAAAUUCUAGAGGCAGAGGUGAGAGCUUUUUUGUUUACAAAGUGAUAACCAUUUAUUUUUCAUAAUUAUGUUGCUAUAUCCUACCUGAGCCAGUAAAUAUGGCUAAUCUCCAUGUUACUAUUGGUCUUCGAAUGUAUACAAUGCAUUUUCUUGUAUUUAUCCUUGUUCAGUUACUUAUGAAGAAAAUCGUUUUAUCAGUUCAGAGGCGCACUUAUUAUUAUUCUGAAUUUAGCCUCGGUUGAAGUUUUAUUAGCCCCUCAGUUCUUGAGGUAAUUCUUAUCGGGUAUCUGUUACCCGAUCAUUAUAAACUCUUCUUGCCAUAUCGCAUCAUUGUUUACUAUGAAUUCCUAAUUGAACUCCUUAAAGAUACAAAUAGGGAGGGGAAAUUUUUUUUAAUAAUAAUAUCUUGGUAUAUUUUUAAUUUGCAUGUGUGGUGCAAAUUAGACAGGAAUUGUGAUUUAUGCUAGAGCAGUGUAGAAGAGAAUACAAUAAAUGUGUCACGAUAUACAAAUACA